AUUGAGCCUUAUUUUGCUUAGUGGGUUCGUCCUCAUUAGCGUUACGCAUCCUGAGGACACAAAUCUUCUGGAUGAAUUUCAGAAUCUUAAAAAACUCAAGCCCUUGGGUAAUGAGUUCGCCGACUACUUUCAAAAUGUAACGUUGAACGAUUUAAAUUUUUUCGACUGAGUGCCAACUCAGGAGGAUCUUUUGUGCCUCAGUGAAAUGUACAAGUGCAUGUCAGCUUUUCAAGGCGGUCAAUAUUGUACAUUGAAAAGUGAUUUAAUAGAAUUCCAUACACAAUAUAUUUUAGUGCUUUAAUCAUACCAACGAUUUUUAAGGUCCAAUACUUUCUUCUCGAAUUCUCAAGUGAAGCUUCAUUGCGGGUCUUCAAUGGGUUUCACCAGGCCUUCUUUAGAGGACUUGAUAUUUUCUUAAGGUCUCAAAAGAAGGCAUCUACAGAGAACAAAUACAUAUCAUAUUUCAACCAGCCGCAGGAGAGCACCACUGGUGACGUUGACCCAAAUAAGCAAAGAGAACUGGAAGCACCUGAGCCAACUGCUGUAACACCAACUGAUUAGAUUCCGAAAUUUGUAUGGCUUCGUUCAAAAAGACCGGUAUUGAUACCCAUAUUAGACGGUGCUUAUCUCAGACUAAUUCGCAUAUAAAAAGGGUUACGAAUCCGUGAGAAGCCAUUAAUAAGAGUUGAGCCAGCAUGGUCAACAUAGUCGGAGUAGUUUUUCUCUGCGUUAUUGCGCUUAUUAGUGCCGCACAAUUAAAGGAAGAAGAUGUCCUGCUGGAGCUCCAGGGAAUCAAAAAACUCAGAUCCUUGGGACUUGAGAUUGCUGGGCACCUACAGAAUCUUAAUCAGGAUGAUUUAAAGGUUCUGGACUCCAGACUGUCAACACAGGAUGAUCUGCUGUGCCUUAGUGAUCUGGCUGCCUUAGUGGCGGGACUUCAAAGCGGUCAAUACUGGGCACUGAAAAUGUUUGAUGCCUGGGGUUCCGUACCCUCGGGUCUGCUUACCGGCAACACGUACGACCUUGGCAACUUUGACGAGUGUUUGAACAUCAAGAAAGAGACCAGCCUGGGCAGAACCAUCCAAGGAAAGUACUGUUUUCUUUCAGUGUCUCCCGCCAAAAUUCUGGGGGUCAACACUACGACCUUGAGAACAUUUAAAACCGCCACCUGCCUUCCGGCCACUUGUUCGGCCGCUCAAAUGAACACGUUUGUGGGUCAGACGGUGAAGCAGCUGCUCAACGUCAGUAUUCCCAGCACCGCCAUGAGUAUCAGCGAUAGCAGUUGCCAAACCAGCGAAAGUGAACCCUGGGAUGGACUAACCAUUUUUAUGAUAGUGAUCUUAUCGUUCAUGGGUUCUUUGGUGGCUUUGUUUACCUUGUGGGACUACUGUCUGGUCAAGAAUCAGGAUCAGCUUCCAGCCAUUGUCAAGGUUUUCUCGGCCAGGGCCAACUCCAGGGCUCUAUUCCGCAUUGUACAGCCCAAUUCGAAUCCGAAUGUUAUCGACUGCCUCAAUGGAAUACGCUGCCUGUCACUCGUUUGGGUGGUUUUUUGCCAUCAAUAUGUGAUGACUCUGCUUGCGGCAAAUAUUAACUUGUUUCAUGCUUACUCGUGGGAGGAGUCAGCAUACGCCAGUUUUAUUCUGCAUGGCUUUUUCUCAGUGGAUUCGUUUUUCGUGCUUGGCGGAUUGUUGGUAGCCCUGAUUACUUUGCGAAUGAUGGAUAGAACUAAGGGCAAACUAAAUGUUCCUCUAAUGUAUCUGCACCGCAUAAUCCGCAUUGUUCCCCUUUUGGCGAUGGCCAUUGUAGUCUCUUUGAGACUUAUGCCCAUGAUCACAAGCGGUCCUCUUUUUUCCCGUGGGUAUACACAAAAGGCUAUGUGCGAGAGGAGUUGGUAUUGGACCUUGCUCUUCGUUAAUAACUAUACCAAUGAUAGGUGCCUUGGACACACGUGGUAUUUAUCGGUAGACAUGCAAAUGUUCCUUAUCUCGCCGAUCCUGCUGAUAGCUGUCUACAAAUGGGGAAAGAAGGCUGCUGCUGGUAUUUUCGUCCUCAUAGUAUUGCUGUCUGGGUGUCUUUUCGCCACCAUGGUGGUUAAUGAUUACUCAUUGCUGAUGAAGCGAUAUUCAUUAAAGGCGGCGAAGUAUUUGUACUAUCCCACACAUACACAUGCUAUGCCUUGGCUGGUUGGUUUUCUCUUCGGCUACUUCCUGCACUUGAAUAGGGCCAAGAAGUUCCAGCUAAGCUGGCUAGCCGUGUGGUCGGGAUGGAUCCUCUGUCUGGCCAUGAUCUUCACUUCGAUCUUUGCCCUCUACCCGGCGGCCCAGUGGAGUUCUCCUACCCUUCCCAUCGUGUCGGAGGCCUUUUACUACACCCUCACUCGAGUGGGUUUCCCAAUGGCCGUUUGCUGGGUGAUCUUUGCAUGCAUGCAGGGAUUCGGAGGACUGGCCAACAGUUUCCUCUCCUCGCCCCUGUGGCAGCCCCUCUCCAGACUCUCCUACUCCGUCUACAUGUGGCACAUGUUCAUCCAGGAAGUGAACGCCCGAAGUAUGAGGACGAAUUCCUACUUCUCGGAUUACAGAACUAUGCUCAACUUCUGGUCAACCUUCGGAAUCACCGUGUGUUUUGCCUAUGUGAUGCAUCUACUCAUUGAGGCACCCUUCGGUGGACUUGGCAAUUUCCUGGUGCCAAAAAGAAGAAACCCCCCACUCGUAAAACAAAAAUCACAGAUAGAUGAGAACGAACAGAAAAACCUAGAAGAGCUUAAGGUGAACACACCUUCACCUCCUGCAUAUUAGGUUUAGGUCGAACCUGCUUUCCUAUUAGCAGUAAUAACUUAUAUAUCACUGUGUACGACAGUACACGUAGUGGCGAAGCGCGCAAGAGAGCGUGCGAAGACGACUACUAUAUAUAGCCGCAGAAUUGAAAAUCUGCCAUUAUGGUCCGAUCGUAACGAGUGA